UAAAAACGUCAACCGCCCCAAACAGAAAAUAAACAAAAAGGAUAUUGACCCUCAACGAUUUUUUCUUAAACAUUUCUAAAUAGUGUAAUAGUGGUGCUUAAUUUGCCAGUAUAAAUUUAAGAACGCUUGGCGCAUUGGAUACGGCGCCCGGUCAACCACCUAUUGACGUGAGCGACGUGCGUUCGAUCCUGACACAAGCAAAUCUCUUUUUGUGAGUUCAAAAAAUUUAUUAUGAAAUUCUUCUAAAUUUAAAAAUUGCAUCGUGAAGUACCUAACAAAAAGGGACGAAUAUAAUUUGCAUUCACCAUCAGAACUGUAGUUUCCAAAUACUUCGAUAGAGGGCGAAACUUGUUCUUACCUAGUUCGAAAAAAAACAAAAAAUUGAAAAGUUCCUAUACAUAAAACUCAAACGUUAAAUAAAAGAUGUCACGAAUAAUUAAUAAUAUUCCCAAACUGAACAACAGCGGCCGCAAGAUGUCACUAGUAGCAUGUUUUAAAUGCAAGAAAUGCGUGGAUAUAAAGUCAACUGUUCUAUGUUCAGUAUGUGCGAACAGAUUUGAACUUUGUUGCGAUGGCUACCCAGAACAAACAUACAGAUUAUUAAGCGCUGAAUCAAAAAAGAAUUGGCGAUGUAAAAUGUGUGUAAAAGCAGCUACAAAGCAGAAGACCGCCAGUGCUAGCGGCACCAUUAUAUCAAACAUAACAGUAAGAAAAAAACAGAAGCCAUCACCGACUCCCACACUAAACAAUGACGCCUCGAUGAUGGACUCACACGUACUUUCGGAUUGUGAAACCCUCAAUGAAUCACAUAUUUCGCCUAAUAAACUGUCGAAGAGCCUAGAUGGAACACUAUCGGACUUAAUCUCAUUAACAGAAAUGAAAGAAACACUAUUACAGUGUAAAACGAAGCUCAAUAUGACUGAACAAGAAUUAGAUAACUUGAUACUAGAAAAUAAUAACCUUCAUAAACAAAUAGAAAAACUAAUCACGGAAAAUAAUACACUAAAAUUGCUGUGCCAGUCGUCUACCAUUAUGGAAAGUACUCCUACCUCAACACAGAAGAGGGCAUUAACACAACGGAACGCAGUAACUACUCCGGUAUCAUCAUCCAAGCAAAAUUCUGAGUUCCUACAUAUAUCAAAUCUGGAACGAAAGAUUCAAAGUCUCCAACAACAGCUGAACGCCGCGGAACAAGAAAUCGCUGAUCUCACUCAACAAAUAAUAUCCUUAACUCAACGUCUACGUAACAAUAGUCUAAAUACAGAUACGACAUAUGGCAAUGAAACCAGUACUCCGCUGUCAACACAAUCGAAAAUAAUUUACCCACCGACCUCCUAUUACGUCAAACAACCAAAUAAAUCAAUAUAUAUUUUCGGUGCCCAACAAUGUGUGGGCCUGGCUGCAACGAUUAUGUCCUCACGCCGGAGUACCAAGUACGACAAAUACAGGAUAAUUGCUGAAACGAAACCAAACGCAAUGACUAGCGAAAUCGUAAAAAACUGCGAGCACCUUGAAAUGAAACCGGGUGACAAACUUAUAGUAAACGUGGGAGAAAAUGAUCAUAAUGCAAGAAACAUAUUGUCACAGUUGAGACAUAUUUUACAUAAAUUAUAACAUUAGUGCUUCAAUCAAUUACUUAGUGGAUUAUAGUGAUUAUAGUGCAAAAUAUCUUAACCCUAAAGCUCUUAGACAACUAAUGUGUAACAAACCAAGUAACAAACCAAAUACUGGCGCAUGUGAACCAAAAAAAGGGACCAUACCUUAUUAUUUUAACCGCCUUCAAAAUGUAAAUAUACACCAACCAAAUACCAAUGUACAAGCACCUGGAAAAAAUAAGAGUAAGGGUACUAUACCCUUCUACUUCCCUAUAAUAAAAAGAAAUAACACGUUUUUUCGGAACUAAUACACUUUUUGCUGACACCUCUCCUAGAUUAGUAUUUAGAAUAUUACACCAAAACAUAGCCAGCCUACUAUCUAAGCAAGAACUCCUUGAAAUAACUUUAAAGGAGCUACAAAAGGACUUAAAUGAACCCGACGUAAUAUGCCUCUCUGAAACUUUUAUCAAAAAAGGCUAUGAGUGCUACGUAAAACUUCAUAGCUAUACCAUGGUUGAUAGUUUCUGUAGGGAUAAGCAAAGAGGUGGAACUUGUAUCCUAGUGAAAAACACAAUUAUGUGCAUGAAAAUUCCACUUGUUAAAGAACAUGCAUCACAACAUACCUUUGAGGCAUGUGGUAUAGAGGUGCCACAUAAUAACCUA